AAUAAAUAGUCAUUACCCUUUUUUGUCUAAAUAUAUGCAAGUACCAUUUUAGCACCGGAAAGAAAAAUGUGAUGGUACGAAUGAAAGUUUCGUCAUGAUCGCACUUGUGUUGUUCUAGUCGCCGCCAAUUCUUCGUUGUCCGACUCUCAGGAACCACGAUCUUCAUUGAGAUUAAGGGGUUCCAGGAAGUCGUGGGCAUUCCCCACGCCCAAGCCCAAUAUACGCCUUUCUCACUCGUUUUUUUUUCCCGAUUAUAAGGGGGCAGUGUCGGUGACUAUGGCUCUCCCAAUAAUGAACCCCAACUCAAGAAUUGCUCUACCUCCUUUGCGAAUCACUAAAGUCCAAUCUGCCAAUGUGGUUGUUCGUGCAAUUCCUAUGGCCAAAUGAGACAAAGGGAAGGCAAUAUGAUUGUCACAUAAAUGGAUUCUGAUGAUGAGGAGGAGGAGGAGGAGGAGUGGAGUUGUGGCCUUCUUCCUUAAAGUCACGUCCUGCCUUCCAUAUUUGCUUACAAAUGAUGACAUGGAAGUUAAUAGGAACAAGUGUUUUUUCGAGGAGAUGGAGGAUGUGACGGGUGGUCCACCAGUUGGGCACUCAUUUCUAAUUUUUGGAGGAUGGUUCAAGGCAUGAUGCAUAACCACUAUCAAAGCGGCAACAUGUGGAUAUGGAAGAUUAUGAAAUUUUUGAAAACUAUGGAGUCACUAUGAGAACAUUGGCAUUGAGUGUCAGUUUUAACCAACGUGAAUCUUGUCGACACUAACAGAAUUCGUGUUGGUUUUGGGAAACCGCAGGAGUAAUCUACACAAAAUUUAUUGGAUUCGGUUAUUUUGCUUGGGCUCAACUAACACCAAAUUUUUUUUCUCAAGAAUUCAGUUUCAGAAUUAUUAUAUUAUCUAUGUCUGUUAACCGACUGAAAAUGACCGAUGCAAAUUUAUGUGGUAUUAAAAAAAAAUAACUAGGCUGUUUCAGCCUGGUUUUCCCUCCGCCGCCAAUGAAGGAAUUGAAAAAGAAGUCGAAUCCAAGAAAGAAGCCAUCUGGUGGUGGAACCAAGAGAAGGGAGACCUUUCUCCUUCCUAUUCUCCCUGUUUGUUUCAUGUUAAGAAGAGGGAAACCAAGAAAAAAGGUUGACCUGAUUACCCUCCGUCGUCCCAGAAUCCAACACUAGUCUCAUUUCACUCUCCCAUUUUGCUCAUAAUCCAACACUACCCCACAACCACCAAGAACAAAACCCAUCAAUCCAAUCCUAGAAUAAAAUGAGCAAACACAUAAAAAUAACAAAAAAUCACAGGGUGAAGGUAGAACACCCAAAUCAAGCGUUGUGAAGUCAGAACCCAGAUCGAGCGGCAGAUGUCCAAGUGUCGGAGGGAGGAAACGGGCAGUGCGGCGGAGUCAUAAUGGACUAGGCGGAGGCCUUGGAAAAGUCGAAUUGGGCGGUACUGGCAGGUCUGGGAUUUUUCAAUUGUAGAGGGAAUUGAGGCUGAAGGCCGGCGAAGGGAGAUUAUGGCGACGACAGUGGUGAUCUGCAGAUCUGGAAGUGAUGAGUUGCUCUCUGUUCUCAGUAGCAAAGGGAGAGACAAGGGAUUUGAUACUGCUUUGUGUUGGCGGAGUGGAAAGUGGAUCUGAUGAUGCUUGGUACGGGCUAUCACUCUUUAGUCCUUCACCAACUAUUGCAACAAAAUGGAACAGGACAAUAGGAAAAGUUGGCCAGAAAUCAUCGUCCUUGUCGUGGGUGGAUGAAUCGAUUCUAACUACACUCUCAAUCGAAGCCCAAGUGGAACCUUCACUCGGGGUAGUAUAGAGAAAGUAUAUUUUUCAAAUUUAUUCCUAUUAGACCUCAACUACAAAUAAACUGGAACCACCCAUGAUGAGAAAAACCACUAGCCCCAAGAGAAGAACCAUAACGUCAAAUCGAGGGUCAACCACAACACGCACGACAUAGCAACCAAUGGAGGUGUCUACAGCCUAUGCUCCAAGCCACCGAAGCACAACUACCAUAUGCUCUGAUUGCACUCCAAAGGCAUCGUGGCAUUCCAGGACCGAUUUCUACCUUUUCUUUCUUUCCCUUUUAUUAAAUUAGAUUUUAAAUAGUACUUAGACAUAAAAUACUUAGUAUGUGUAAUUUGAUAUGUUUGUGGUAGUUAAGUUUAUAUAUUUUUUGGAUAGAUAACCCCUUAUUCCUCUCUUGUGUGUGUGCUUGAAUGUCAAAUCUCUAGAUCAAUGAAGACCUACACUUGUGCACCUACUCCAACACACAUAAACCUACAGUAAUGGUUUGUGAACCCGACUUUAAUCUUCCUCAUUGAGGAUAAUGUGUCUUUCAAGUGUGUGGGGAUGUGUAUACAUACUUUGAAUGUUUAUGAUGAAUGUGCCAUAAUCGUUAGUAACCUCCCUAUGAUUGUGAAUGUAAGACAUUGAUAAUUAUGUGUGGGAAUGUAUGAUAUCGAUUGAAUGAGUUUGUGGUGUUUGAAUGGCUUAGAGAAUUUGUUUGGAACCUUGUUGAUUAGCCCAAUUUUUUUUCAAAUUUGAUGGUUUCAAACAGCUUGUCCUAUGCAUCUACCUUCUCAAUGGACUUUGAAUUGUUAGAUGAUUGGUAUGGUGUGCCUUAUAGUUAUAGGGAGUAGUGUAGCAUUACGAGCCUUAUCGGUGUAUGAGGGGUUUUACUUCUAUUUCCUCUUGGUUGUGUUGAUAGAGUUUUUCAUCUGAGUUAAGACAUGUAUGCAAGACUCUCUCCCCAAUCUUGGAAUAAAAAAUGUUUGUAAAAAUGUUCUCAAUUUGAAAAUUCUUUUGAAAAAUGAGUGUUCUCGGGUGAGAGUAAACCAGACAUAAUGUUUGAGUUAAGUCGUCCAAGGGCCUCUCUCUCGGUCAGGAGUGUCAUUUGAGGAUGUGUAUAGAGACCUCAUUUUCCUUACACUGCUCCUCCUCAAGGACUUGUAUGUGAAGAGAUAGUGUGCAUCAGCUUAAGUCAAGAGACUUCGGCUCUCAUUUGUACCCACAUGUGUGGCAACCCGUUUGUCAUUGAGACGGGAGUGCAUGCUAGGAUUUGGUGCUUGAUAGAGCGAACUAAUGUUCAACGCUUCACCUGUUACUAUUCCAUCGUCUCAACCAUCACUUUUCCCACAUGAGGUUUAUAGAAAAGGCAAUGUCUUUUUCUCUUAGUUGCGAGGGAGAAAGCCUAAUUUUGAAAAAAUUGAAAAAUUUGGUGCCGCCAUUUCUGACAUGUGAAAAAGGAGGCUCAAAAGUUGAAUCCUAAUUUGAAAAUAAUAAUAAUAAUAAUAAAGAGCACCACCAUUGAGUCCAUUGUUUUUCAAUUGUUUUCUUAAGUCCCCCGGUGCACACCUUAAAUUUCUAAACCUCUUUAGUCAACAAAGUCCUCGUCCAAGAGUGUGUGUUGUCACAAAGAUAUGGAAGUAACGCUUACCCGACCCCAACUAUUCGUAAAAGUGCACUCGAAGAACUAUAGAGCAUACCAUUUUGGUUGUUUACCAAGUUGUAAUGAUUUGAGUAGGUUUGCUUGGGGACAAGCAAACACCUAAGUGUGGGGGAGCUAAUAACACCCAAAAUGGUGUUACUUAGCCUCUAUAAUAUAGGUAUUUUCAGGUC